AUGAGGCAAUUUACAAUUGAGGGGUGGAUUAUUCUGGUUACAGGGGUACAUGAUGAAGCCCAAGAAGACGACUUACAAAAUGCAUUUGGGGAGUUUGGUGAGAUUAAGAACUUGCAUAUAAAUCUUGAUCGUAGGACUGGUUUUGUCAAGGGGUAUGCACUGAUUGAGUAUGAAAGCUUUGAGGAAGCAGAGAAAGCUAUAGCUGCAAUGGAUGGAGGUGAGUUGCUGACUCAGAAUGUGAAUGUUGAUUGGGCAUUCAGUAAAGGUCCUUUCAAAUGAAGAAACAA